AUGUUGUUAUUUUGUUUUUUUCUUAUCUGCCUCAGUCAAUCCCUGUUCGCUGUUGAAUUGUCUAUCUACAAGAGUUUUACUGAAGUUCGUCAAGUUCAGAAUGGAAUCGGUGAUAUCAAGUAUGAUUUUACCAAUGCUGAUUAUGGAAAUGUAAUUGAUGAAUCAAUCAGCUGGGAAGGUACACCACUAGUUCGACAAGAAGUCUACAAUACAAUUCAAUCACUCAAAGAUGCCGAAGUAACUGUACGACGAUCCACAAAAUGUGACUGUGAAACAAUUCAAGCGAAAAUUGUUGAUCCUAAUUCGAUGUUACUCCAAAAUUUGAAAACAGGAGCCUAUUUUUAUGCCGACAAAGAAUCGAUCGAAUAUUCAUCAAUACGACCAACUGAUAGUAAAACAACAUUGUCGCUUAAAUUUCAAAAUCCAUUAGCAGCACACAGUGGAACAUUGUCCUAUUUAAUGAAAGGAAUCACAUGGACACCUAGUUAUGACCUACUUGUGACAGGCAACAAUGUACGUCAUGUUAUUGUAGAUUACAAACUUCGUGCCUAUGCUAAUAUUAGAAAUAAUCAACAACAAGAAUAUACAGUGGAAAUGACUCGUCUCUUAGGAGGUGAUGUGCAAUUAGCUACUGGUUAUGCAGUGCCUGAUCGUGAAUUGGAAGCCGUAGUAAACCCUUCCAUGUUAGCAUCAAUUCACGUCGGUGGUGAACAAAGAGGUCUGUAUUCAUACAUAUUGAAAGACAAAUAUACACUUCGUCCAUCGAGUUCCAUUCGUUUACCAUUCAUUGAUAUUCUUGCCAAAUAUCGAUUCUAUUACAAAGCAUUGACAAGCAUCAAUACAGGAAUGUAUGAAGGUACCUUUGGAAGAAAUUAUGAUAUAAAACCUGAUCAUUUCAUGCCUGCCGGUAUUAUUACUGUUCGUGACAACCAAGUACUUGUUGGUCAAGCGGUUUUGCCAGAUGUUCCAGAAAAUUAUACACAAACAUUCAGUGUUGGUCAAGAUAACGAUGUUCGCUAUUCGAUAAAAAGCAAUAUGACAUCAAAAAGUGAAGACAGGGCACCCGUAUCAUGGGAGACUUAUCAAAUUGACGUUCAAGUGAAAAAUUUUAAGAACAAACAUGUCGAUGCUCAACUUGUAUUACAAGGAGGUGUUCAAAUAACUCUUCUUGAUACAACAUGUAGGUCUGUCAAUGUUCAAGGAAAUCAACUCUACUUUCCAGUUCAACUUGAACAAGGUGAGAAUCAGCAAUGCAAGCUCAACGUUACAGUAAGAUUAAAUUAA